AUGUACAGCAUUCAGCGAUUCCAACCUCUGUUUUACAGGCUGGCCAACAAUGAGAAGCAAGGAGUAAGGUCACACACAGUCUCUGUGUCAGGAGUCAAUCACUGUCAGCAUAAAGUAAAGAAAGCUAGACGCUUUCUCCCUUUCGUCUUCUGUUCCCAUGAGCCGCCGCCUAAGGAUGAAAUUAGUGGGGACGAGACAGAUGACUAUGCAGAGAUUAUAGAUGAAGAAGAUACUUAUACAAUGCCAUCAAAAAGCUAUGGAAUAGAUGAAGCCAGAGAUUAUGAAAUUCAAAGGGAGAGAAUUGAACUGGGGCGCUGCAUUGGUGAAGGACAGUUUGGAGAUGUACACCAAGGAGUUUACAUGAGUCCGGAAAAUCCAGCUAUGGCCGUUGCAAUCAAAACAUGUAAAAACUGCACCUCAGACAGCGUUAGAGAAAAAUUCUUACAAGAAGCCUUAACAAUGCGUCAGUUUGAUCAUCCUCACAUUGUGAAGCUCAUUGGAGUUAUUACAGAAAACCCUGUUUGGAUAAUCAUGGAGCUCUGUACACUUGGAGAGUUGAGAUCGUUUUUGCAAGUAAGAAAAUACAGCUUGGAUCUGGCCUCUCUGAUACUCUACGCUUACCAGCUUAGCACAGCACUUGCCUACUUAGAGAGCAAAAGAUUUGUACAUAGGGAUAUAGCUGCUAGAAAUGUGCUCGUAUCUGCCACUGACUGUGUGAAAUUAGGUGACUUUGGUUUAUCCCGAUACAUGGAAGACAGUACUUACUAUAAAGCUUCCAAAGGAAAAUUACCUAUCAAAUGGAUGGCUCCAGAGUCAAUCAACUUCCGACGGUUUACCUCAGCUAGCGAUGUGUGGAUGUUUGGUGUGUGUAUGUGGGAGAUCCUAAUGCAUGGGGUAAAGCCCUUCCAGGGAGUGAAGAACAAUGAUGUGAUUGGGCGAAUUGAGAACGGUGAGCGGCUCCCAAUGCCUCCAAACUGCCCUCCUACCCUCUACAGCCUUAUGACCAAGUGCUGGGCAUACGACCCUAGUAGACGACCCAGGUUUACUGAACUUAAAGCACAACUCAGUACAAUACUGGAGGAAGAGAAGCUGCAGCAAGAAGAACGAAUGAGAAUGGAAUCCAGGCGACAAGUCACAGUAUCCUGGGACUCAGGAGGAUCAGAUGAAGCUCCUCCCAAGCCCAGUAGGCCUGGUUACCCCAGUCCGAGAUCCAGUGAAGGCUUUUAUCCAAGUCCACAGCAUAUGGUACAGCCAAAUCAUUACCAGGUGUCUGGCUACCCUGGUUCUCAUGGGAUACCAGCCAUGGCAGGCAGCAUUUAUCCUGGGCAGGCUUCUCUCUUGGAUCAAGCAGAUUCUUGGAACCAUCGGCCUCAGGAAAUAUCAGUGUGGCAACCAAACAUGGAGGAUUCAGGCACUUUGGACAUACGAGGAAUGGGCCAGGUUCUACCCACACAUCUUAUGGAGGAGAGAUUGAUACGACAACAACAGGAGAUGGAAGAAGAUCAGCGCUGGCUUGAAAAAGAGGAACGAUUCCUGAAACCCGAUGUGCGGCUCUCCAGAAGCAGCAUCGACCGAGAGGAUGGAGGUCUCCAGGGCCCAGCUGGUAACCAGCACAUAUAUCAGCCUGUGGGUAAACCAGAUCAUGCAGCUCCACCAAAGAAACCUCCCCGCCCUGGAGCCCCCAGCCAUUUGGGCAGCCUUGCAAGCCUGAACAGCCCUGUAGACAGCUACAAUGAAGGCGUGAAGCCAUGGAGGAUUCAGCCGCAGGAAAUCAGCCCUCCUCCUACAGCCAACCUGGACCGCUCCAACGACAAAGUCUACGAGAAUGUAACUGGGCUGGUGAAAGCGGUGAUAGAAAUGUCCAGUAAAAUACAGCCAGCUCCACCGGAGGAGUAUGUACCCAUGGUAAAGGAGGUUGGUUUGGCGUUAAGAACCUUACUGGCAACAGUAGAUGAGACCCUCCCUGUGCUUCCUGCAAGCACCCACAGAGAGAUUGAGAUGGCACAGAAGCUGCUGAACUCUGACUUGGCUGAGCUCAUUAACAAGAUGAAACUGGCACAGCAGUAUGUCAUGACCAGCCUGCAGCAGGAGUACAAAAAGCAAAUGCUGACGGCUGCUCACGCUCUGGCUGUGGAUGCCAAAAACUUGCUGGAUGUUAUUGAUCAAGCCAGACUGAAAAUGAUCAGUCAGUCCAGACCGCACUAAGCACUGAGGGAAGAGUUUUAUCAGUCUAAGAAUUCUGCUUGCGAAAGGAUGUUAUUUCACCUUCCACCAGCAGUGAGGAUUAACCCAGUGUAGUCCUGGCUUUCCAGCGCCUCUUGCUUCAGCAGACCUGACUGACAGCUGUUGGUUCUCUCUCAUUACAAAAGUUUAACCAAGUUUUUAUCAUAAAGCCAAGCUGGUCUGGGAUUCAAAAAGUGGCAUUAACACAAGAUGAAGUUUGUACAGAAAUCCUCGGGAAAUCACGGCUAUGGAGCGCACUUCAGUUUUAUACCAUCGCAUGGGACACGCUUAGCCUAGAGCUGCCACAGGGUUAUGGUCUCAGAGCCAGAACUGUCUGAGCAGCAGAUCAGAGAGAUAUUGUGAAGUGAAGAAUUCGGGGAAACCUCAGGGCUGAGAAUUCUUGCCCACAGUAUAUGAACUAUCCAGACUGGAAUUUUUUUAUUAGAACACUUACGUCGCAAUAUGCUAAUCACAAUUUACAGAGAAAGAAUAAAAAGCUAUAUUUUCAAGACUUCAGUCAUUUCAAGACAAAACUAAAGCCCUCUUCAUCUUCCUGCGUUUUACUUUUAUGUGAAUGUGUGAAGCAUUUGUUUGGAACUAGCUGUAGAACACAACUGAAAACUCUCGUCUUUUUCACCAGAAUAAUGUGCCAGUUCUUUUGUAGCAAUGUUGUUUUCCUUGGAAGCAAAAAUGCUGCUUUGUACCAGAGCAAUUCAGAGCUGCAUUUAGAGGAGUUCUGUAACCAUUCAUGUCCCCCAUUUUUAUAUAAUUUAUAAAGACAGAUUAAAGCCAUGUUGAAUAUUUUAAACCCACUGUAGUUAACUAACCCAUCCUUUUGUCUAUCUUGCCUGGGAGGAGUUACAGUAGACCAGUGUAAUUAGAUUUUCCUUGGUUUUCCAGUUAUGCCAUCUGUUCUGUUAAAAUAAAAACCACACUCCCUUUUUGCUGUUGAGGGAUAUAAAUUAUUCUCAGGAAGAAUAUAAUGAACUGUACAGUUACUUUGACCUAUUAAAAAGGUGUUACCAGUGAAA